GAACGCUUUCAUAUUCCUUUCGAUCCGGAUAGGGGAUACCGCGGUACUGCCCUGCGCUAUACCUCAUUCGCUCGUCCCCACAUGCGUGCCUUUCAUGCCUCCUGGAUUUGCUUCUUUACUUCCUUUUUUGUCCAGUUUAGUCCGGCCCCGCUGCUUCCGGAAAUCCAGCGCUCGUUGUCACUCUCGCGUUCGGACGUGUGGUGGACGAACGCGUGCAUGAUGAUGGGAGGAAUCCCCAUGCGCUUUUUGUUGGGACCCUUGUGCGACCAGUAUGGAGCCCGGACCGUCAUGGUUACGACUGUGGCACUCGUAGCCCUGCCGUCGGCGCUUACCGGAGUCGUGGCCGUCAACUUGACCUCCCUGACGUUGAUACGGACCGUCCUUGGGGCCAUGGACUCUUUCGUGCCUGGCCAGUACUGGAUCACUUGUCAGUUUGUCCGGGAAGUUGGAGGCACCGCCAUGGCACUAGCCGGAGGUCUGGGUGCGACCGGUGCCGGCGUGACGCAACUCGUCACGGGCAGUCUAGUGUUUCCGGCACUACGGGUCUGGUUCGACGGUGAUUCCGACCUAGCUUGGCGCUGGUCAUUGGUUAUCCCGGCCAUACUCGCUUUGUUCGUUGCCGCUUUCUUUUACGAAUACUCUGACGAUUGCCCGUUGGGAAAUUUUACCGAGGUCAAACAGGCUGGCCUCAUGAUGGAACGAUCCGCGGUGGAUUCAUUUCGCGCCGGGGUGUACAAUCUGAAUUCCUGGAUUCUGUUCGUUCAAUACGCGGGAUCUUGCGGGGUAGAUUUUACCAUGUGUAACGGGACCGCCUUGUACUUUCACUACCGGUUCAAACAAUCAAUUGCCGCAUCCGGAGCUAUCGCGUUUUUGUACGGUCUUUCGGCGAUUUUUGCUAGGGGUGCCGGUGGUUGGCUGAGCGACGCGGCGUUCAACCGUUUCUCGUUACGCGGACGACUCUGGGCGCAAUGGAUUUGUAUGGUCACUCAGGGCAUCUUAAACGUUUGGUUUGCCAGGACCGACAGGCUCGGCUCGUCGUUGACCAUCAUGGUGCUAUUUUCGAUUCUGAUCCAAAUGUCCAUGGGCACUUGCUAUUCCAUUGUUCCCUACGUGGACGGUCCCAAUACUGGGUCGGUAGCUGGAAUUGUGGGGGCGGGCGGCAACGUCGGAGGCGCCAUUUUUGCCGUAAUUUUCAUGCACGCGGACUACCACGGCACCGCCAUGGAACUCAUGGGCUGGCUAACCUGCGUCACGGCCUGUUUUUCACCAUUUCUGGCUGUCCGGGGCUACCGCGGUAUCUUGUUUGGGACCGAGGAU